AUCAAAUGGCUAAUUCAUCUGUCAUUUCUUCACUUCGUCUUCAACCUCUAUCCUCAUUCUCGUCGUCUUCCUCUCCUCCUCCAUACUCUAGACCUCUCUAUCUCAAAUUCCACACCUCUCACCGGGAAAAUCUAAGAUACCUCUCUACCCUCGGGGUAAUUCCUCAGAACCCCCGUCUUGCCCCUCCAGCGGACAACCUUCCCGCUAUCCUCUCCGCCGUGAACUUCCUAAAAUCAAAGGGAAUCUCCGACCAAGAUUUCCCACGCCUCGUCUUCCUCUGUCCCCAGCUCUUCUCUCCCACUUUCGACAUAUCCAGAAUCGAUCCCGUCUUCGAUUUUCUCACCCUUGAGCUCGGAGCUUCCGCCGCGGAAUCCAGAGGACUGAUCGUGAAUUGCCCGAACAUCCUCCUCUCCGACGUCGAGUACUGCUUGAGGCCGACGCUGGUUUACCUUCGGGAGCUAGGCCUGCAGAAUCUGAACCGAGCGAGCAAGACGAACGCUCACGUGCUUAACACGAGGGUGGAGAAGCUAAGAGCUAAGAUGAGAUUCCUCAAGAGCAUAGGGUUCCAAAACGAGGAAGCAGCUAGAGUCUGCGGGAGAAUCCCGGCGAUAUUCGGAUAUAGUAUCGAAGAUAACUUGAGGCCCAAGUUCGAGUUUCUCGUUUACGACAUGGAAAGAGAAUUAGAAGAGCUCAAGAAGUUUCCGCAGUAUUUCGGGUUUAGCUUGGGGAAGAGGAUAAAGCCAAGACACUGGCAUUUGAAGAAGAAGAACGUUAGGGUUUCGCUUAGUAGAAUGCUCAUGUGGGGUGACCUCAAAUUCUACUCCAAAUGGAAACCAUAAAAACAGAACAGAGAGUCUCUUAGUCUUUCCUCUGUUUCAAUCUAACUGUUAAAUAUUCAAAUCAAUUUGAAGCUCUCUGCUA